CGUGGCCUGCCCGGCACUGCUGCGAGCGCUGCGGGCGGUGCGGCUGGUGUGGUGUUGUACUACAGGUAGGAGACGUUCAGGCCGUUCGGUGGGGAGGCGUGUGGUUUGCUAUACUUCGUCCACACUUAAAUGUUCCAGAAUGAGACCAACAAAAACUUUGACGCUCGGCAGCUAUAUUGUCGAGAAGGACAACCGAAAUAUAGUUUUGUCCUCCACAUGCAAAUAUUGCAGGAAGACAUGGAAGUUUUACAACGCUACCAGAAUGACCGAGCAUCUUGCUAAGCAUUGCAAGAAGAUACCAUUUGAUAUCAAAGAAGCUCUGGCCCCCAGCUCUUCCUCCAGUCAACAGGAUAUUCAGGGAGAGGAGGUAGAUACACCUCAGGAGAAUGUCCCUGACUCAUCACCAUCCGGUACUGCAGCUUCUACUUCUACAUCUGAAGUUAACCGAAGUAAACGGCCUUUGUCAGUCCCUCAGUUUCUAGACCGAAUGACAGAUAAUGAAAAGCUAAAGCUCCAGACUCUUCUGUCUAAGGCAAUGAUUAUGAGCAAUCUACCAUUUUCUACAUUCUCAUCACCAGAGUGGAUUAAGUUUUUCAAGGAAGUCCGACCCUCAUUUGACCUACCAUCUGACUGGAACUUGCGUCAUGCUCUGCUUGAUUACCAUUAUGAAGAAAUAAACAAAAGUGUUGCGAACCAGGUUGAGAAGGCUGAUAGUGUUUGCAUCUUAACAGAUGGUUAUUCGAAUGCAAGGAAUGAAGGUAUUAUGGCAUUUAUAAUAACAACUCCCACUCCAUUAUUUUAUGACAUGGCAUUGCCAGGGGAAGAAAAAGAAACUAGUGAGUAUGUGAGUGGUGAAUUAAUUAAAAUAAUUGAAAAGGUGGGCCCUGAAAAAGUAAGUGGCAUUUGCACUGAUAAUGCAUCAGUAAUGAAAAAGGCAUGGAAAAUUAUUGAAGAGAAGUACAAACAUAUUUCCUGUUAUGGUUGUUCACCUCAUACUCUAAACCUUCUUACCAAAGAUAUUGCAAAACUACCAUCAAUCAAGACAGUACUCAACAAGUGCCAGAAAGUGGUGAAGUCAUUUAAACGGUGUCAUGUACCUCUAGCUAUUUUCACUAGAAAACAAAAGAGGGCACACGGACAAAAUGCAGUCACUUUAAAAUUACCAGGAAAAACAAGGUGGUCAGGAACAGAAGAGAUGUUGACCAGCUUGCAGAAAAACAAGAAAGAACUUAAAGAGACAGUUAUUGAUUCUAGAGUUAAAUUUAAGGACUCAUCAAUAAAAACUAUUGUACUUGAUGAAGAUUUCUGGGAAUUGGUAAACUCUACUAGAAAACUACUAAAACCAAUAGUGAGCAGUAUAAUAUACUUGGAAGGAGAUGAGCGCACUGUAGCUGACGUUCCAACUGUCUUGGCUAGAAUGCAGAAAGAAAUAUCAGAAGUCCUGGAGGAUUGGCCUCUUUGCGACAUGGAUGUUGUGCAGGAGAUAGAAGACCUGGUUGAAAGCCGCAUUAUUUAUGGUUUAAAAGAUGUACAUCUGGCAGCCAACUAUCUCCAUCCAAUUCAUCAAGAGCCCAGGCUGGACGCGGCGGUGUGGGUCCUUGGCAAGGCCCUGGCCAAGGUCCUGGCCAAGGUCCUGGCAAAGGUCCUGGCAAAGGUCCUGGCAAAGGCCCUCCUGGCCAAGGUCCUGGCAAAGGUCCUCCUGGCCAAGGUCCUGGCCAAGGUCCUGGCCAAGGUCCUGGCCAAGGUCCUGGCCAAGGUCCUGGCCAAGGUCCUGGCAAAGGUCCUCCUGGCCAAGGUCCUGGCCAAGGUCCUGGCUAAGGUCCAAGACCCGGUCUUGGAUGUGAAUGGCAUCCUCCAUAAGAUCCAAGACUGGGAAUUGAAAUUCAAGGGACGUUCUUGA